AUGACUGUGCCCUGGGCCCUCAGCAGAGUCAACAUUAGACACUCGGAUGCACUGACGCAGGUGGGACAGGAAGCAGUGCUUAAGGCCCCGCUCAUGAGGCCAGGAGAUCUCAUAAAAGUUGCAGUGGGUCUGGCGAAGUUGGGGGUCUGCCCGCCAUCUCUUAGAGAGCGCCUCAGCGAAGUGCUGCUGCAUGCACUCAAAGAAGCUCCCUCGCUGCAGUUUCGGGGCUGCAUGCAUCCGGUUGCAGCGAUUGGGCUGUACACGCAGCCCCUGAAAAUGUUUGUCAUGGAAAGAUUUUCAAACUUGCGCCGUAUUCCCUACCCUGUGCGUCGCCCUUCGCCUUUCCAUUGGGAGGUUUCGGACUGUCUUGCUGCUCUCGGCGUUGCUCACCGCAACACAUUUCAUUGGGGUUGCUUCUGGAUUGAUAUUGGAGAGGCGGAGGAUAAGAGGCGCUGCAUUUUUGUAGAUGGUCCUGCUGCCUUCUACACUUCAACCACACAGUACACAGAGCCUGUGAAGCUGCAACAUAGAGUGCUGAGUGAUCUCGGAUGGGAUAUUCGUCGCGUGCGGUGGUUUGAUUGGGUCGGCCUUAAGGACAAAGAAGACAAAUUGAAGUUUCUGAAGGAACUGCGGGCUGCUCCCCCGCUGCCGUCCUUGCUGCCAGACCCUACCCAUCCCCUGAGCGAAGAGGAGGUGCUGCAGCGUUUGCGGUUGGUCAAGCAGCGGCAGCAGCAGCAGCAAGAGGAAGCAGCAGCAGCAGCAGCAGCAUCUAGCGGAUCAGCUGUCGAUCUGGAUUUGUGA